AUGACAAACAAACAGCAUCGUCCCCAUAUUAGGUAUCUUCGAAUCAUCAAUGGUUGUGCAUCAAUUAAUCUUAAACAUUCAAGUAUAAAUUGUUUAUCAAUUAUACGCGGUUUACUUCAAUAUAAUGUUGAACAACGUCUCGGAUGUGGCAAACGUGGCACUCUAGAUAUUAUUGAACAUGCUUGGUUCGACGAAGUUAAUUUCUGGACAUUAUAUCAACAGAAAUACAUAGCUCCGUUUAUUCCUAUUCGUAAAUAUAUUUUCACAGAUCGAUAUGAAGAUGACACAAUACUUAGGUUUACGGCGAAAAAUCUAUACGAAAGUGAAUUUAAGGAAUUUUAA